UUGUUUUCUCCACUAAGGCUCUAUUUUUUAACUGUGAAGUUAUCAUUUCUGUUAAUAUAUGCCUUCCCAGCAGUUAUAGAUGGGUACUUUUUGUCUCUACACAAUUUAAAGACAAUCUGUAGUCCUUAAUAAAAGCAUCAGCCCGGACUGGUACGACUGGCUGUGGACAGUGCUGCUUGUUGGGGUCACCCUGGUGUUCGCAACCGUGGGUGUGGGCCGCACAUAUGGCUCCCCUGGUUCCGGCAGCACGGAGCGGGUCUUCCAAACCCACACCCGGCACCACAUUCACGGAUGAGGUAACGAACACCCAGCCAAGUAACCAGUCGUGGAAGGACGUGCGAUCAUAAGGAGGGAGGCAUGUCAUAACCCAAGGAACAAGAAGAAAUGAAACGCGUAAAAAGAAAGAAGAAUGAAACAAGAAUGAAGAAAUUGAUAUGUGAAAAAGGAAGCAAGAAGUAAAAAGAAUAAAUGAGGGAAGAAGAUGGUAAACACGAAAGCAGGUACCAAGAAGCUAUCACCACCCUGAUAUGUAAGAGACAAAACGUGACCACCGAGGGGAACGACAAGAUGCGGUGAGUCAUCACAAGACUACUUAGCAGCAGAUUACAAGAAGAGAUAUCUAGGUGGCUAUCACUAAAUUAACAUACAAGGGAAGUAAAGGUCACCGGAAGCAAAUGACGUGGACAACACGGAUAUUCGGCACACCAUAGGAAACGCCGCCUCUUUGUUCCUAAUUAGAAGAUGCGAUCACCAAAAUUACUCAAGAAUGAACAUUAUUGAAAGUUAAUGGAAGAAAAACUAUAUGAUCGAAAUAUGGGAAGAUAAAUAUAAUUACUUAAAAAUGGGCCUUACGGAAAGUAUAGGAAAAUGAACCGUAUAAUCAAAGCAUGAGAAAAUAAAUAUAGUUAAUUGAGAAUGAACAUUAUUGAAAGUUGUAGGUAAAUAAACAGUAUGAUCGAAGUAUUUAAAAAUAAAUCUUAUAGCAACGGAAGACUCGUUGGUACAAGAGGUCGCCUUAACAUCACGUGUAUAUUAUGAGGUGUAGGAGACGGGAAUAAACAGAAGUAGACAAAGAGACAAGCUAACAAGAGCUGUCAGACCAGAGAGAGUCAAGAUGGGCAAGCCACCUGUCACAGUACCAAUCACGUCAGAUCAAACCACGCACCUCUCCCCCGCAAUGGCGUCCAAGCUAGUCGACGACCUCACGGACUCAUACGAGGCAUGUAGGGAACACCCACCUACAAUGGAACUGAUCACCGCCGUGCAGAAAGGAGAUGAGGCCAGGAUAAGAUCCGCCCUCGCUAGGGGUGCUCGUCUCAAGGUCACCGUCCCCACUAAUACAGGACUGUCAUGGUGUUUGAUGACUGUGGCUGCCAACAUGGGCCACGACCACCUGCUCCCGUGCUUACUGCAGAUGGGGCUGAGCACAGAAGGUCGAGGCACCCACGACAGAACACCGCUGAUGGAGGCUGCCUUCAGGGGCCAUACCCAGACAGUGAAGGCACUGCUGGCCCUCGGUGCGAAUGCUUUGGCGACGGAUAGUACAGGAAGUACCGCCCUCCACCUUGCUGCAGCGCGUGGCCACCAGCAGUGUGUAGCAGCCCUCAUACCUGUCACCCCUCCCAUGCCGGAGCACCUCGAGGCAUUCACCCCUGUACACCUUGCCAGUUUCCGUGGCCACGUGGAAAUACUGGAGCAGCUAGUGGAUGCGGGCUGGCCUCUUACUGCUAAAGAUAGUAUUGGCCACACACCCCUACAUUGUGCUGCGUACGGCGGGAGUGUAGCGGUGCUGAAGUGGUUGAUUCAGCGAUAUAGUAACCCGUUCGUGAAAAACAAUGAUGGACGCACCCCACUUGACGUGGCCGUGCUGUUUGGUCGCUACGAGGUGGAGACCUGGCUGGCCAAGAAUGGUAGUGCUGCAGUGAAGGACGAGUUUCAGCGUGUGAGAGAAGUGAGGGAGUGGCGGCGGGUGCAUGAAGAUCAGCACAAGGCAGUCUUGUCUUGGCUGUUAACGGGCAACGAAGCACAGUUGGACCUCAUCCCGGAAGGACGUGACGGUCAUGCGCUGAGCAAGAAGGGCCUAACGCCUCUCCACGCUGCAGCGCUGUGCGGGGCUUCCAGUAAUGCAGUGGAGGCGCUGUUGCGGCGUGGCGUAAGCCCUCAUGUAUUGAAUCCUGACAACAUGACCCCCGCUGACUUAGCACGACAGCAAGAUCACAGAGGAGUGAUUAAAGGGCUACAGUGGCACCGUUGUGAGCGGGGCGGCGCUACUCCCGAGCACCUGUACGAGGAGCUUCUCUCGACUGUCAGUCGUGGGGACGACGUGCAGACGGUGUCUAUGCUCUUGUGUAAAGGAGCCCCUAUAGAGCCCCUGUGCGGCCGCUCGCUCUCCGCCCUCAGAUUGGCUGUCACCUCCGACCGUGCACGCACUGUCACCUUGCUGCUGGCCAGGGGCGCGUCGCUGUCCGCCAGUCUGUUGCAAGAGGCUUGGCAGAGCCCCGAUGUGACACCCAGCAUGCUGGCUUGCCUCACCAACGCCUAUUGCUGUAAGCUGCGUGCGGAACAGCGUCGUCUGGCAAAGGACAGUCACGGUCUUAUCGAAGGCAUCAAAAAAUUACGGAAAUGCAUAGAGGGAAAUACACCGUGGCAGGCUUCCUGGCGAUGGGGUAAGGACUGUGACCGGGCAGCACUGAGUGACCUCAUGGCAAAGGCCGCGGCUGCCAACUGUCCCUUGACUGCCGCAUUCCUGCAUAGGGCAGGGGCGUGGUCCUUCUUCUCUGGAUCAUUGGGUGGUAGUGCCCUGCACACCUCGCUGGAGGCCAACCACCUGGGCAUGGCUGAGAUAUUAAUCAGGGACCUCGGGGGUUGCCUGUACGUGCAGGACACACAUGGUCGCCUUCCAGUACACAUGAUGACCAACGAAAAUCGACUGAAACUAGAGCAGAGGCUCUUUAAGGAGGAGCGGGAAAAACUGGAGAAUAUGGAACUUCGCUUGAAGGCAGAUCACGAGAAGGCAGCGGCACAGAAAGCGUUAUACGUACAAAAUGUUCUUUUUGACAGCUACAGGAUGGGCAAAGGUAAGAAAGUCUCUGCAGCUGAUGGUCGCGCCGCCAUGCUGGUGGCCUCGCGCAAAGGUCUCUUGCAGCUAGCUCAUCUUAUACUGCAAGAGGGUGGCCUGCCUGUGGACGAGGUGCUAGACGACACCUGUGGCACCACCGCCCUCCACCAGGCGGCUUCGCAUGGCCAGGAUGGCUGCGUGGCGCUGCUCCUGAGCGCCGGUGCUAACACACAGCAACGUGACAUCUAUGGCCAGACGCCUAGCCUCCUGGCCGCCAUGUUUGGACACACAAGUUCUAGUGAUCUGCUGGCCCAACAUGUGGUGCAGGACCCUCCUUGCCGCGCGGGCACCACUGCAACACAAGUAAAGCAGAACUAUAAGAUUUAUCAUAAGAUGUAUUACAAGUACAGCCGAAAGUUAUUGACGCCCUUUGAUAGGCAUCAUCCAGAAAGUGUGACAAGAAAACUUGUGAAAGCCAUAGGCCUACAAGAGCUGCAACAAGAGGCUCUGCGAGUGGCUGUAAAAUUAUCAAAGGGCGAAGCAUUUGAGGUAAAGGAGGCAGUGAUGAAGGAAUUAAACAUCAUCAUGAAUAUGGUGUCAGAUGCGGACCCCACCUACCGCGGCGACUUGAGGUUAGUGGGUAGCUCUCAGGACGGCUCAAAGCUGUACGCCCCCGAUGAGUUUGAUGUGAACAUUGUUAUCAAAAUGAUCGAUGUAAGAGUAAAUGUUAGCAAAAGAAGUAAGGAGACGUUACUGAAGGGCAGGCUGCAAUUAUCUUUGGAGACCGACAACCCUCACCUUGAGGGGAACAAAUUUAUGGAUAAUCUCUACGAGGAGGUGCACCGCUGCCUUCUUGGCCAUUCACUAGAGGAUGAGAGACUGAGCCUGGUACCGCCAGGAUUAACCAGCACACAGGUGGGCGUGGCACUCGCGCUGGCUUGGCAGGGGCGGGAGUAUCCACUGCUGCUAGUCGGCGUAGACCUAGUGCCGGUGCUAGAGGUGCCGUGGCUGGAACAAAUUCCCACUCCCUUCCUUACUCCCGAGGGCACUACCACCAUGCAGCUCAGUAAUUCAGCUGACGGCUCUUGGCGCUGCAGCUUUGCCUUGACAGAGGCAAAGGUACUAGGGACGUUAAGUCCCGCAGAGCGUCAGUUGCAACUUAUGGGAAAGUUAAUUCUUUCCCGCCUCAAGGCCGAACGCUGGAUGCCCCGACACAAGAAAGGUUUUUUUAAAUGGUUUUCCACACGAGAGUGGAACAUCCCGGUACCAAGCGGAUUUUGCUUCAAGAACGCGCUCCUACGGUGGCUGGAACAAAGAAGGUGCAGGGAGGACGCUACAGAGGAGCUUGGGUCUGGAUGGAAGGAGGACUCCGGCAAGCGUCUGGGAGCUGAGCUGCAGGAUGACCCUGCCAAGGAGCUAGGAUCAGGACAGGAGGAGGAUCCCAUCAUAUGGCUGAUACAUGUGUUCAGAUUGAUGUGUACCAACCCAGAGGAAUCGCGAGAACACCUGACAACUCAAAACAGCUCUGCUUACUUUGGAGGGGACUGUGAGGGUCUGAAAUCUGGAGACGGCGCGCCCGUUAUUGUACAGUGUUUGGAGGAAAGUUUGGAAGAGCUGUGUCAUGGUUCGAAAAGCCAAAGCGACUUGAGCCAAGAUAUCCAGGCUGCGGCCAGGAAUGUUUAUAGUAAAUGUAGAAGAUAAGUGGUAGGCUUACAUUAAAUGAAAGCUGAGCAAGAAAGGAAGAGCAAAAUAAGAAGAAAAUAAGAAAAAGGUGUCAUAGUA